AUGAACCUGCAUGGUAACGUGUCAGAGUUGAUCUCCAACACAGUCAGAGCUGCAACCGCUCUGGAGUCCAACACCUGGUCUCCACGUGGAUUCGAGGAAAGCACCUUGCGAAUCAAUAACGUGACGAACUCGGGGUGUCACGGGAAUGGCGUUGACGUACAGAUAGGGGACUGGUCUCACCGUAACGUCGGAGGGGUUAAUGGCGAGGAGGGCGGCAGGAUAUACCGGUCUCAUUGUCCUCCACAAGAGAUGGCGGUGGAGAAGAACUGGGCGGCACUUUUGAUCUUAGUCGUUAUCGCCGUCACGGUCAUGGGCAACAUCCUGGUGAUCCUGGCCGUCUCCCUGGAGAAGAAGCUGCAGAAUGCCACCAACUAUUUCUUGAUGUCUCUGGCCGUCGCUGACAUGCUCCUAGGCAUCCUGGUCAUGCCGGUCUCCAUGGUGACCAUUCUUUACGAUUAUGGGUGGCCGCUGCCCUCCGAGCUUUGUCCCAUCUGGAUCUACCUGGACGUCCUGUUCUCCACGGCCUCCAUUAUGCACCUCUGCGCCAUCUCUCUGGAUCGAUACAUCGGCAUACGCAACCCGAUCCACCACAGCCGCUUCAACUCCCACACCAAGGCCCGCAUCAAGAUCAUGGCAGUGUGGACGAUUUCAGUGGGGAUCUCCAUGCCCAUUCCUGUUCUGGGACUCAGAGACCACUCCAAGGUCUUCAAAGAUGGCAGCUGCCUGCUGACAGAUAACAACUUUGUGCUGGUCGGCUCCUUCGUGGCCUUCUUCGUGCCCCUCACCAUCAUGGUCGUCACUUACUUCCUGACCAUCAACGCGCUGCAGAACGAAGCCACCCUCUGCUUGGACCAGCUGGUCCCGCGGCCUAAAUGGAGCACGACGUUCACCCUGAGCUUCUUACCGCAAAACUCGCUUUCCUCGGAGAAACUCUUCAGACGUUCGAUAAGUCGCGAGACCAGCGGCAGAGGAAGCAGCGGUGGCCUUGGAGGCGGCCGCGGGAGCAUCUCCGGUUCGCUCUUUGGCCGCCGCACAAUGCAGUCCAUCAGCAACGAGCAGAAGGCGUCCAAGGUCCUCGGGGUGGUGUUUUUUCUCUUUGUGGUCAUGUGGAGCCCGUUUUUCAUCACCAACGUUCUGGUGGUGGUGUGUGACCCGGAGGUGUGCGACGCAGGACUCAUGGGAGGCCUGCUGAACGUUUUCGUGUGGGUCGGAUAUUUGUCCUCGGCGGUCAACCCGCUGGUUUACACACUGUUUAAUAAAACAUACCGAGCGGCGUUCCUGCGCUACGUCCGCUGCCAGUACCAGCCGGAGAAGAAGCCUCUUCAACUCAUACUGGUGAACACCAUCCCGCCACUGGCUUACAACUCCACCCAGCUCUCAAUGGGCGACGUCGAGAAGUUACGAAACGGAGUGGCUCACCCUCGUGGCGAGGUGAAGGAUUUCUCUUUACCUGGGCAGGAAACAGAGAAGUUCAGGCUGGACAAAUGUCAUGGAGGCGGGGACGAGAGCUGUGUGUGA